GUGCGGACGAGUUCGCUCACACUCGGGCUGAGCAUCUCCAGAGACGGGGCAUAUGCUUUGCACUACGGAGGAAUUAUCACAGCAAGCCCGAGGCUACAACGAGAAGAUGCCGUUGGAUCCCGCCUGCUACGCUCCGAUCACUAGGAUCUCUCGCAUCGACACCUACCUGCAUCCUGUUCAUUUCCUGCACUUUUCUCUGCGUAAUUAUGAGGAAUGUUCAGUGGAGGAGCCAUCGCUGAUUAAUCAUGAUGGGCGGAAAGCGUGGACGUGCGCCUAAUGCAAAUGGGCAGCAAGAGCGAGUUCGAACGCAUCUGCUAUUUUCGAAGCAGACAGAAAGACAACACCAGAAACGAAAGAAGCGAGCACAAAAUAAAUUGCAUCAAGUUACCCAUAAAAAAGACGAGAUCAUACAAACUGGUGCCGGGGAGUUAGAUCCGUCGCAAUGGACUGGCAAUCAGAGAGUUCUUCAUUUUGGGCCUAUGGCACAGAGAGAUCCCUACUUCUACUACUAUCCAAAAGGAUGGGAUGUGCUUUACCCUGCUCACUUCGGAUUCUUUCCAUACCGCACUACGAAAUUUCGUGGGUCUUCUUCUAUAGUAUGUGUUUGUGCGUUUGGCGUCUUCAUGAUCUUGGGAGGCAGUCUUAUGGUCUACAUGGGUUUUUUCGUUAUGCAUGAUUCACCAUUUUGGACAUGGCCUUCUGAUCGUAAGCAGCGUCCUCCUCCGAUUCAAGUCGUUGGGCCUGUACUUUUUAUUCUUGGCACCCUUCUCCUCCUGGGAGCCAUUUUGUAUUCUGUCGUCACUUCUAGCUUUUUCAAGAUGUAUCUGCAUCAUACAAAACAACAUGAUGAGCCGGCAAGGGUUACUACUAUAACAACUACAUAUCGUGCAAUUCCUCCAAUAUUCGAGAAACAUCCUUACCAGCCACUCCCUCCUCCAGCAUAUCCUGUCCUGGAAAAUAAAUAUGCGCAUUCAUCAAUUGUUCGUCCGCAUGACGAAAUGAAACUGUAUCCGCCAGUAAUACCCGGUUGUUCCACGCUGUCAUUACAUCGCAGGUCACCUAGCAGCAUUUUCGUCGCAAGUCCCUACAACACUUUACGCGCCGCGAGUGUGGCAAAAUAUCAUUCGGGUGCUGAAGCUCAUUCGUCCAUAAUCGAACAUCGGCGUACAGGUUCGAUAAACAGUCGGAGGCCGUCCACGGAAAGUGGAAACAACAAAAGAUCAAAAAGUGCGGGACCUUUGCAUAGAAGCUCAUCUACACGAAGUUCAAUUCGUCAGCGAUAUCGUGAAAAUAGUCAAAAUUAAAGUGGUUGUUAUUCAUCGUCCUUCCUUUUGCUAAUGCAUUAAUGAUAAUUAAUCAUUAAAUAUAACUGUCAUUGAUGUUUUCCACGCAUUUUAAGCUCAAGCUUCUCCCUGAAGAUGUAUUUUAUUUUAUAGCGUUUGACAUGACCUGAUAAAAUUUACCUCAUUGCCGCUCAAAUGAAAAU